AUGGCGACUACCAUGGCAAUACAAGGCCAGAUCGAAGAGAAACGACAAGAGAUUGGGACAUUGAACAAGACUGCCCAGGAACUCAACACAGAUGGCGCCAGACAGGUCGCAGAGCCCGUCAUGCUGCGCAUGAACACCCAAUGGCGAGAGAUUGAGCAACGGUUCACCCAGUUCAGAAAACCAGUCCGGGAGGAAGUCUUCGUAGAAAGAACGGUCACAGAACUGAAGACAACUUACAAAUUCGAAGAGAACACCGUACAGCAAGAGAGUGUGCAGAAGCCGGUGGCUGACUUCGGCCCGCUGAUAGAAGAGGCCAAUGCACUGUGUGAUAGGGUGGUUGAGAUACAGAGUAAACUGAAGGUUCCGGAACUAACGGGAGCUGCCUUUGAAAAUUUCUCUGUGCAGGAGGACCAUGUGAAGGUGAGUGACAACGGAAGAAGAAGAAUUGAAGUUUGUGUUAACAUAGCUGAAAGUUUGGGUGUUUUGUGUACGCAGAUGGAGGGUGUGUGUUAACAUUGCUGAGUUUUUGUAUAUUUGUGUGUGUGUGUAAAUAGGUGGUGAUGAUAUGAUGAUGAUGAUGAUGGUGAUAAUGAUAAUGGUGGUGGUGAUGAUGAUGAUGAUGAUGGUGGUGGUGAUGAUUAGGAUGAUGAUAACGGUGAUGAUGAUGAUAUGGUGAUGAUAAUGAUGAUGGUGGUGGUGAUGAUGAUGAUGAUGAUAAUGGUGGUGAGAUGAUAAUGACGAGGGGAGGAGAAAUACCCUACCAUGAUAAGUGAUGCUAAGAAGGAAGAGGAAAAGGUGGAGUGAUAAUUGUGCACCUCUUAUAAUAUUGAGGAAAUAUGAUAUUGCUGAUCAACACAAAAUCUUGCUCACCUAUGGAACACCAAAGAAAGGAUUGAAGUUACACAUCCAUAUUAACAUAUUAUUCUACUCUACUUCUGUAAAAGAGUUACUAUGCUUCUGUAAAUGAACAACUUUUGUCCCAAACAGAUCAUCUGUAACAUAUUAUCGAAAAUUUCUAUCAUUUUAUAACGUCUCAUGGAGCAUUUAUACCUAGUCUGCCGGCACAGACCCUUGGUUUUUCGCGAUUCGCAAAGUGCAUAGUGCAGAGUCUGAAUUAGUGAGACUAGAUUCACUAUGUACUGUGGCUGCCUCUACCAAGGACAGAAUCUUUGGAGUCUAGUCUUCACUCUAGACCUGUUAUUGGUUGAAGUAUCAAAAAAGAGUCUGUGCAGGCAGACUAAUUUAAACCUUUAUCAUGAUGAAAGCCUCCAUAUAAUACUCUACCACCGUCCAAUGUCUGUGGGCAAAAUGCAAUUGAUUUUGCCUGUAGCACUGUCGUAGAAGGUAAAGUAGCUCCCAUUCACUUUGCCAAACCAGACUGAAAACCUCUAAAGUUUGAGUCACAUGUACCUUGCAUCACGAUGCCCCAUUGGUAUUUACCAAAAGACAAGGGUAAAGAACGCUUUUGAAGGGGGGUUUGUUUACACCCAUAACGGACUUAUUUACGAUUGCACUCGGGAUGCUUGAUAGAAGAUUAAGCGCUCCUCGAACGUAAUGAUUGGGGAGAAUCGGUGGGUCAACAGCGGCCGUUCAAAAUUCGGCCGCUUUGAGAGGAUCUCUCGUUACAAAGUAGGGGGCUUUUCUCUGGAAUCCUUUUAAGCUUAUCUCAAACUUGCAAUGCUACAUUAAUGAAUGGGGUAGAAUGUCUUUAUUCUGGAAGUACUUGAUACUUCCUUUGGACGUGCAAGUAUGAAUUCAUUCUUAAUGUGCUUUUACACAGUUUGCUUCAUUUCAAAAUGACUUCUCUUUCAAAUUCCUGUGCAUUUGAAUAAAUGGGAUUCUAUUUCAGACAUUUUUACAAGUAUUGUUUCAUUUUGAAAUUUGAGAAAGCUUAGGAUCGGCUCUUUUCAAACUGUAUUGACUGAAUUCUCAUUCAUUUUACCUGACUAAUCAUGGGUUUUAGAUGGAGAUUCACAUUUCAUUAAUCAACUACCAGGGGAGGAUUUCACAAAAAAAACUUUAUCUGUGAUUUCCACUGACUAAUUCACUCUUAGCCAAUCGGAUGUAAGGAUUUGUAGUAGCUUACAACAGUUGUCAGUGAAACUUACUUUGGUGAAACAUAAAUUCUGUUUCAUGAAAUGCCCUAAGGAGUAUAUACAUGUAGGGCCCAUUGGCAUAGUAGCAUAAGUCUGCUGUGCAACCCCUUCACUCAGGAAAAGUGGCCUGAAUAUGCAGCCUAAUCUCUGCCAAUGACUUUUGUACUAAGGUCCCUCUCAUAUCAAUGGAACAGCAAGUUGCAUUUUGGCUAGUCUUGUGUGAAAACCCACUUGUUUAUCAACAUUUCAAUCAGGGUCUGUGCCUGCAGUGUAUAAUAACUUAGAGGUGGACUGCUCUCAUAUGUUUCCCUCUCAGAAAGUGUGCUUUUUUCCUGUCAAUCUGAUAUCACAUAAAGUCUCACUUUCCUCGUUUAACUCUUUAGUAGACCGCCAUUCUUCCAUUAUGCCCUCUAUUUAAUCACCCAUUCUAAGAGAAAGAACCUUCUAUAUGUGUCUGUCACACCUAUACACUGGAGCCAGCAUAUAACAACUUAGCCUCCAUAAUACAUGGGGCCAGCCAUUGCUAGUCUACAAGCACAGACUCAUGUUUGACACUUAAACCAAUUAUACCAUGUCUUGAGUGAAGACUAGAUUCCAAAAUCUCUGUCACUGUCAAGUAAGAGCCAUAGUGAAUCUAUAGUCUCACUACUUCAAACUCUGCAUUAUGCACAAUGCGAAUUCUGAAAACCAAAAGUCUGCAGGCACAGACCAAGCCAUUGCCUCCUUGAAUCCAAUUUUUCUUAUCAAGUAUCCCAUCCUUGGUAUCAAGAAAUGCAUUUAAUGAAAAGUUGCAGCUCCAGCUGAAGCCGGGGUAAUUAUAGUUGCUCUUUGUAUCCUCUGGCAAAGAGGGAGAACUGAAAAACCUGAGGAACACAUGGAGAACUAUACAGAAAUUGGCCCAGGACCUACAGAAGUGGAGGACAUUUGUUGCUGCCCUACAUGCCAUUGGAGGCAUAAAGGGCAGUAAUAAAGUAAGUAAGUUGUAUUAUCUGGCUCUAUCUGGCUCUAUAUAAGUCUGGCUAUUAGCUUUAGUUUUAAUUUGUUAGAUUACAACACAAGAUAUUGAGGAUUCAAAUUGUUGGUAUGGGGAAUUAUUUGUGCAAGUCUUGAUAUUAAGAUUUGGGAUUAACGACUGCGUGUGUCGGCAUACGCUGGCCAAAGGAUCCAGGAGGGAGCUUCAUAUAGCUGUCCGUUGCUUAAGAAUGACAUGACGUACGUCUGGUGACCCUUUUUUGUGCUAAAUCAAUGAUAUAUCUCUAUGUAGCUGACUUAAUAAUAAUAAUUAAUAAUAAUAAUUGGCAUUUAUAUAGCGCUUUAUCUAUCUAUGACUGUUCAAAGCGCUUCACAAUUAUUAUUACCCGGUCACUGGAUUCAUAGCAUUCCAUGCAGCCUGUUAGGCGCAAACUUGCUAAACCAACCACAAUGACGGUUGUUUCCUGCCGGUACCCAAUUAGCACCUGGGUGAGAAUGGCUUAGUACCAAAGAACAUGUUCCAGUCGUUCGUAAGGUCGUGCGUAACUUUACAAGCAGGUUUAUGAAACACCUCCAAGGUGUGACGGCACCUUGAAGAGGGAGCCCUCUUAGGCUUUGUUGAGUGGGAUUAUACAAGUUUUAACUGGCUGGGAAUUUGAUCAGGACGAAACAAGAGAAGGGAAUGGGAGGAUUGAAGUCAUCCUCAAGCUCUAUUGAUUGAGCUGGCAAGUGGUGGAUUAUCGGUCUCCGAUGGCACCGGCAAAUGGUUGAUUAUUGGUCUCCGGUGGCACCGGCGGUGAAUUUGAACGUCCGUGUACGGCGGCGUGGUGCGGAGUCGUGAUCCCAUCUGUGGGGGAUGAUCGUACAAGCCAGACAGAGAAACAAGUGAUAGUGUGGAGUUUUAAGAGGAGAUAUUAAAAGAAGAAACAAGUGAUAGUAUGGAGUUUUAAGAGGAGAUAUUAAAAGAAGAAACGAAAUAGGGGAAUAGAAGUAAAGAGUUUUCG